GUGCUCCAACGGCUCUCCUUCAAACUCAUCACAACCUUCUUGCUUGGUUGGCAAGCAACAAUAGGCAGCACUGGCACCAGUAGUGAUCUCAUUGUUAUAAUACUUAGGCGAAUAACAGUUAACCAUGCCGACAUAAAACAAGAUGGCGCCAAUGGUGAACCCGAUGAGGAACCAGCUAAAGAAGAUGUUCACCAACGAUUUGGCUCUUUCCAACGACUCCUCCCCCGAGCACCUAACAAUUUCGUGCCCGUCUUCUCGGUGAAUCAUGCACCCUUUAGGCACCAAUUCAGGAGUCCAAAGCAUGUACCCCAUGACUAUGAACCACCCGCCUUGGCACAUUAUGCUUACAGACCUUACGUAGCUCACAAGGAAACUCCC